GUGGAUGCAGAUCUCUCUCACAGGCACGCCACGCUGAAGCUCAUUCAGCCGCUGGCCUUUCAUGUGCUGACUGAGUGAUUGUGGCGAUGUCUGAUUCGUUGCCCGACGACCUGUGGCGCCGGCGCAUUCUGCCGUCCCUUCUCGUCCAUGAGGCGGUCUGUGUCCGAGCGACCUGCCGGGCGAAGGCGGCUCUAGUGACGACCGCUGUGCUGCUGAUGGAGCGCAUCGACGGCUCCCUCGCCCGCCGCUCCCUCACCGGCCUCAUCGACAUCGACCGCACCGCCCCUCUCCCAUUCACCUAUGUGCUGCGGGCGGCCUAUGUGCUGGAGCAGGGCAGCAACGAGUGGCCUGGGAUGGGGCGGUUCAUCCGGCUGGCCGCCAUCUAUCGGCUGACGCCUGCCAACGGGCUGCCCCUGGUGCUGUCGGCUCAGUGGCUGACAGCCCACCUUCCCAGCAGGACGGCAUUCCACCAGCUGCCAUUGGCGAUGGCCAUCUAUCGGCUGUUCGGCCACCUGCUCACACACAACACACACAGCCUGGCGCUGCAGCCGGCCGACAACGGACACUAUCGGAUUGGCAACAUGACCUUUCGUGUGGUGCCGUUGGGUGAGCUGCCGGGCGGCCAUCCUUAUGCUGACGGCUACAAGAGGACCGAUCCCGCCAUCCGACGGGGCGGCAACCUCUACCCCUCCUUCUCGGCAGCAUUCCUGCUUGAGAGGCUGCUCGUCAGGUGGUGGGAUGGAGAGGGGGUGGGUCAGAGGCUGGUGCUCACUUCACACAUCGGCCGUGAUGACGCUCGCUAUGGCCGUCUGCUGAGGACUGACUCCAUCACAGAGGAUCUGGGCAUCGUCGCCGACUGGCGUUACGACCGGGGCGAUCUGGAUGCUGCUGGUGCGACUGACUGUCGUCGUGUGGUAGUGAGCGGCUUCAGACCAGGCGAGACCGUCGCUGCCCAUCUGAGGGUGACGCCGGGCUGCAUCCAGCUGUACACUAUGAGCCAUCUGCUGCCAAUAGGUCUGCAUCACUCGCCCACCGCUUUCCCAUCUCGGAGCCCGUGUGGCGCCGUGUGCUGCGGCGGUACAAUCUGGAGAGUGACGUCAUCGACAGGGGGACGGUGAUGUGGUGAGGGUGCUGCUUGGCGAUUGAUGUUGCGUGUGUCGCUGGCCGGGCAGUAUGUGUGUGAGUAGUGGAGGGGGAGGAGGGCCUUUAAAGGAUGGAUGACGGUCACUCUCGCUUGUGUGUGUGUGUGUGUG